UCCUCAGCGACAAGCAGUUGGAUGAGUACCUUGAGCAUUUUGAAUGGGAAGAAAUCGGCGAAUAUGGAGACGAAAGCACCAUUGAGUUGUGGGAAAAUAUGCUCGAUGGUCUAAUCGCCAGCACUGCGUUGAACAGUGCCGAAAAUGACGGUUCUUUAGAUUCCGAGGCUACCACCGAGGGCAAUUUCAACGGGGACCUCGAUCGAGACUGCCACAUUACAGGUGAAGGUGCUACGACGGCCAACAAUUCUGAUAAUUGUUUGCCAUUUACAACCCCACGACUAGGAACUCAUGCCGACCCAAUUCCAGUGGCGGAUCAACAGCCUUAUCCAGAAGAAAACGAUCCAGAUUUUCCGCAAGAAAAACGGUUGACAGGAAUUCGUGCUUGA